UUACUUUUGCUUCUUCUCUCGCAUACCCCUAUUUGUCAUGCUCUCUGGCCGGAAUUCCUGGAUCCUGCGGCAGAGGCAUCCCAACUCUUUGACGCUGUCAAAGAUGCAGUGCAGAUCGCCAGAGUCGUGGCAGCAACAUUUAAUGAUUGUGAUACGACCUACAACCGCUACUUUCGACAACGAGAUUCCCAACUUGUGAGGCACUUCUUCCAGAGAAUAACCGAUAUCCCUCUCGACACAGCCAUCAAUGCGGAUAGCCUCGAAGAGGUAUUCAAUAAACCAAUCAAAGAUGGCCUUCGUGAAAAGUACGCCAAAUUAUCGAUCUCAUACGGACCCCAUCCCAAUCGACCGGAUCAGUCGGAUCCAGAUCCGUGUACGUCGCAUCGGAGGUUCGCACAGAUGGAGAACGGGCGAUCUGAGAACGGCAUGAUCACGGUUUGCGAAAGAACAUUUCGCUUGCCACUGUCAUCAGAGAUCGAGAAUUCACCUGCUGGGGCAAGGACGCGCGGGGCAAUCCUCGAUCAUGGGUUUAGCUGCGACGGUCUCGGCUACAAUGACUCUGGCUGGAUGAAGACCAUGGGCUCAACCCUGCUUCACGAGCUUAUGCAUUGGUCUUAUCCAUUUGACGACCUUUCUGAUUUCCACUACGAUAUUGAAGAGAGCGACCUCGGCUACACACAGAUCACCGACUUCGUAAACGUCAAUCCGCAGCCUGACUGGCCACCCAAGGGAUAUGGACCGUAUUAUUCAGCGAUGCUUAGAGACCUGGAAAACGAUGGGAUGAGCUCCAAGACACUUCAAAAUGUGGAUAAUUGCGUCUACUAUGCUGUCUCGAAGUAUUGCUCCUUCACAUACAAGAAAACUUUCGGGCCUGCGACCAGUCAAAACGACACUGUCCGAUAUAGGGGGAGACCUUCGAGACCGGGGCGGAGCGCGUGGGAACCGCGUGAUGUGUCAGUCGACGAAGAUGUUCCACCUCAAGUGAAU